AUGUCAAGUGAUAAGUCCAGUGACCCUAAGAAUGAUCUCAGGAAUUGUGAUCCCAGAUGUGUACAAAAGUGCGAGACCAAAUGCCAACCCAGCUGUCUAAGGAAGCUGCUACAACGCUGCUCUGACAAGUGUACACUAGACAAGUGCCCACCACCAAAUUGUCCUCCAUGUCCUCCAUGUCCUCCAUGUCCUCCAUGUCCUCUAGCGUGUCAGGCACAGUGUUCUGCACCAACUUCCCCACUGUGUCCCCCACUGUGUCCCCCGAAAUGUUCCUGGCCAUGUUCACCACCAUGCUCAUGCCCCUCACCAUGUCCACCAUCAUGCCCCCAAAAGCUAUGCAUUAAGCCUUGCCCUCCCAAGUGCCCCUCUCCAAGCCCACCCCCAGAGUGA